AUGGCUGCCGAGGUACCUUCACAGGCACCUCAGACCAAUGGGUUCUCCCUGUAUCCGGAAUUGCCCCAGUCUGGGUCUGACUUGAUACCCCUGCCGCGGCGCGUCAAUGGCCCAAAGCUGAAGCCGUUUGACUUCCAGGGUUCUCAACAAAUAGAAUUCCUGGACUAUCUUGGGGAAGGCUUGCAUUCGCAUGUUAUCAAGGUCAAGAUUUUGGGGCAGAUAUACGCGCUAAAACUCUUCAUGUUCUCACCAGAGAUGGACUGGGGUGGCCCCCCACUCUCUGCUCAGUACGACAAAAGCAACCGCGUAGAAGCAACUAUCUUCUGCGAGUACCUGGACCCGUUCAACAACGAAUGCCGUGCCUUUGGCCGCCUCCACGAGUCCGGCCACCCUGAGCUGGCUGUCGAGUGUUACGGCUAUGUGCUCCUCGACGAGGAUCAUGAACGCGCCCUGAGAGACCGUUUCCCUGGCCGCGAGCUCGAGUCUCUUUUCCAAGACGACUCUGGAAGACGGCGCCAAGACUUCCUGACAAAAGACGGCAAGCCACCUCCCAUCCGAGCCAUUGUGAAGGAGUUUGGAAGUGGCGUGGACAAGUUGCGGGACCGCCAAUUGAGCAAGACCCUCAAGGAUAUUAUCCAAUUGCAGGAGCUUGGUAUAAUCGGAAUCGAUGUGGCCCAGCGACAGUUAAUCAACGGCAAGCUCUGCGACUUCAGCACCGCCAUGACCACCCCCCAUUUUGGCAUGAAUCCUGAGAUGCACCCACACCUGACCCCCCUGGGGAAAGCUAGGUUAGAGUUUGAUAUUUUCUUGUUCAGCGUGCACGACUACGUGAUCUUUGAUGAAAUGGUUGACGAAUGGAAUGAGGAUCACAGGCUCCAGAAGGACCAAGUCUCAGUCAGGGCACUACACCAGUUGUAUGGGUCCGACCGCUGGACUUACAAUUUGAGAAAGACGGCAUCCAGGGAGCGUGUCUUUACCCAUGUUGACCCAAGACUCUACGACUGGAGGGCACCUGCCCGUGGUAGGGAUGAGAGCUCGGCUGGGGGACAGGCCAAUGGUCAGAGCUCAAAGGGUGGUGGCUCUGGUAGGUCUGUUGCAAAGGUCUCCAAGACACGCCGACGAUUUAAAAAGCCACCUCGAUGGUACUAUGAGGGGAGCGAGGAGCAUAUGGUUAAACUGAGACGGUCAAGGAGAUGCGGGACCUACUUCGAAUGGGUGUUCAAACGUGGUUUCUUCACUCCAACGGUGGGGACACUUUACCCGUAG